AUGAACCGACUCGCGAAUCUUUCAUCGCUGGGCGCGCUGUUGUCCGCCGCCGGAGCUCGGAGUGUCGCUGCCGUGUUGCUGCUGCCACCAAAAGAUCCCAAAGUCACCUCUCUGGACCACUACAAAGAAACAAAGACUCCAUACGUCCCACGUCAGUACUUGUACCUUUUUCUCUCCUCCAUUAUCCUCGUCACCCCCAAAAACCCCAACUCUGAUCUUUGUCAAAACUACGCAGAUACUCCAAGAUUCACCUCCACCAUGUCUGACCAAACCAUUAUUUUCACCAAGGACGCUCCUGCUCCUGUCGGCCCCUACUCCCAGGCCAUCAAGACCCCCUUCGCCAUCUACUGCUCCGGCGCCAUUCCCCUCAAGGCCGAUGGCACCUUUGUCGGCAAUAACAUCACCACCCAGACUACCCAGUGCUGCGAGAACCUCAAGGCUGUCCUGGCCGAGGCUGGCUCCUCCAUCCCCAAGGUCGUCAAGACUACGAUCUUCAUCUCCGACAUGGCCCACUUCGCCGAGAUGAACACCGAGUACGAGAAGUACUUCUCCCACAAGCCUGCUCGCAGCUGCGUCGCUGUCAAGACCCUCCCCAAGAACGUCGACGUUGAGAUUGAGGCCAUUGCUCUUCCUUAA